AGGGUAGCUCAAAAUAGCAGCCUAAACCAGGAGGUAAUCUCUUGGUUCCAAGGCAACAUGAAAACAGUCCUGUCUUAAGAAGCUUUGGAGAGCCUAGCAACGGCAAACAGAGGCAAUCAAAUGGAGUCAGACAUGACUGUGCUGCAGUGUGAAAGCAGCGAUUUCCAUUCAGUGAUACUCAACAGGCUUGUGAAUCUAUUUCCAGAAUGCUAAAGAGACAGUUGCUCAGGAGAAGAGUCCAACAGCAUAAACUCAGGUGAGACAACACAGCACUGGGUUUUGAAAGAAUACGGGAAAUCACAACAUCAGCUUCAACAUGAAAGAGCUUGUCCUUUCACUCCUGAGCCGAGGAUACGGUCAUGUGGUUCACUCAGAUGGCAAAAGACAAUAUGGAAGACUGGAAGUCUGUUUUGAACCCGAGGACUACUUCAUCUGGAAAUCCCAGCCUCCUCUGCUUCGCUUUACUAGCAGUGGACGGCUGAUUAGUGGGGUAGAGACCACACCCCCGAAAACCUACAGCACAAGGAGAGGACCACUUAUACUAUUCUCAGAAGAUUUUGCCUCAUCAUUCUCCCAACCUGACACAGUCAAAAGGAAGGAUCUGGCUUUUGGGGCUUCUAGACAGGAAGCAGAGUUUGAAUUCUAUUCUCUUCGUGAUCUGACUGAAGCCGCUUUAGUGUAUAGUAAAAAACAGGCCAAGGUGGAAUGUCAUAUGAGCAUGACGCCUAUGUUGCCAGACCCCAAACCUGGCACAAAGCACUUGCAGGCACACCAGAGGCCCGGAGAUGAGCACAGCUAUCUGAACCAGACUGUUGGUGAAGUAGAAAAUGAAGAGGAUCCUGCUUUCUUCAGACGUCAAGGUAACUGUCCAUACCCCAGACCAGAGCAGGUGCGAUAUCAGCCCCGCUUCCUCUGUUUUCCACGGCCUAAUCGUCCACCGCCUGGUCCUCUCCCGCUCUUAACCCCAAGUCCAGCACUCAGAGGACUACCAGCAACCUCCAUGCCAACAGGCCCAGAGGACCGCUCUAUGGCCAGAGACAGUAAGACCAGUUUCAGCGCAGAGGUAGUGACACUCAAAGCUCAGAUGAGCCCAAUUCCUGAAACUGAUGCUUGGGAGGAGCGUACAGAACAACCUGAGGAUCACAAUGUUUACAUGGUUGCAGAGCAUUUGACUGGCUACCCAAAGGACUUAAACGGUCAAUGGAAACAGAGUGCAAUAGAUACAGGUGGUGAGGAAGGUGGACACGCUCCACGAACAGCUCUACGAUCUUUGGGUUGCAGUCACCUUUCAAAAGUCUCCAAUGACAGAAGGCAAACAGAGGGGGGCUGGCAUCCAAGUCCUGUUAAACAGAGUGGCCUUCAUCUACCACCCAUUAAGCAACCUCCUCUUGCAGACGCAGCGAACAAGGACUACAGGCUCAAAGCUGUGAACAUGACUCAAGAAAACCACAAGGAGCCAAUACCACGACUGCCAGAUAUACAUCAGCCUGAGGUUAGCACUGAGACUGCUGCUCCCAAACCCCCAGAGAGAACUGUACUUAAGAAAGUACUUGUGCUGCUCCCUUUUGAACCAAUGGAACAAGAUGGUCUUUCUGGCCUUCCUAAGGAAAAAGAAGAAAUUGAGGAUGUCCUGUGUAGUGAUGUGGAACAGAAAGUUGAGUUGAAGAGGACAGAAGAGAACAGGCCCAUUGAACAUGGGUGCAGGCUAAAAGCAGCACAACAAGACAUCCUGAUAGGGUUUGAACCUGAGGAGGAUAAAGAGCAGACUGCUGUAGGCCCACUGCCUCCAUUUAUAGGUCGUAGAGGUCUUGGAAAACAGUGCUCUAUGGCACACCACAGACAAGACCCACAUGACACUGCAGAUCAGUCAGAGUCUCAGCCUGGCAUUAUCAGAGGCAGCCUUCCUCUGGAGCUAAGAGAGUGUCAGAAAGAUGGACUCCUGGGCACCUUAAUAAUGGGUCCUGCUGGGGAAAUCAUAUGCUUGUCUUUCUGGGAUGCCUUAACUGACACCAAGGACCACCCAGCUCUAGAGGAUGCCAUGAAAGAACACGGUGUUUUGGAGGAGUCAUGGACCAUCUUGGACCAGCUAGCAGAGCAAGCUACACAAACAGGAGGAAUGACUGACAGAGAAGUGGAGGCUAAGCGAGGUCACAAGAAACAAACCAGCACUAACCCAGAGGCUUGUGUACCGGAGCAAAGAAUAGAAAAGACAAACAACUAUACAGAAAAUCGGCCCUACAGCAGUGAGGAAGGUAUCAUGCAACAGACAGGAGGAAGGGCACAGAGGCCACAGCCUAAGGCCAGACCAAGAUCUGGGUCACCACCUACACCUGGGUCUGAUAGCAGCAUUCAGAAAACAGCUCUUUCCAGGUCCACAGCAGCAGAUGAAAAUAUUGCUAAAACAAAGCUUCAAACUCAGACAGAGUCCUAUAAAAAGACAGUCAAGCCCAGAAAAUCAGGUAAAUUAGACAACGCUGAUGACCCCCACAUGAGUAACGUAAAGAAGCAAAAGAUUACCCGGCAUGCCAACAGAGACACAGAUGUUGAUGCAGAGAAUAUGGCUAUGGAAUUAAAUGUAGACAGUACGGACACAGAGUCACAAGACACCAGUUUUAGUAAUGAAAAAGAUUCUGGUCCAAUACAAAAGAAAAAUAAAAACACAGAUGGUGAGAAAACCACCAAGUCCACAAAGUCACCAAACACAGCAGAAAAAAUAAAAAAUAAAUCUAAAGGCCAAGUGGCAUUUGUUGUGGGUAAACCAAGGCAGUCACAGGAAGUAAUGCAAACUGAAAGGAAGAAAUAUAGCUCAGAGAGACAUGAGAAGACAGUAUCCAAAAGACUAGUGAAAAAGUCAAAGGAGAAAUCGGCAGAUGAUUCUUCCUGUGGUUCUUCUGAAUACACUGUGGAUGACAUGGAAAGCAGAGAGGUCUCACCUGUCCAAAAGAACUGUGAAGCUAGACACAGUCCAGAUAUUGAUCAGGAUUUCAUCCAUCAUGAGAAGUGUGUAGCAGGACACAGUAUGGAAAGUGAUGAUCGGGUUGCUGUCUCCAGAGAAGAUGAUGGAACUGAAGAUGUUGAUCAUUUCUCUGAGAUCGACAUAUCUGCAGCUUCUUCCAGAACACACAGUUCUGCCAAGUCCUCCUCUACAAGCACCUGGAGCAUUCGGAGAAGCAGUGUGUCAUCAGAUACUGGCCUGUAUAGCCCAGUACAACUUCCUCAUCACUUCCCACGUCUCGGUGUCCCAACACACCAUCCUGCAUCCAACCCUGACAAGUCUAAAUCAGCUGCUGAUGCUAAGAGCAGAGCAGAAGCCAUCAAGCAGAGGGAAAGCAGAGUGGCAGCAGCAGUGGCUGAAAAGGCAGAACGCCGUCGGAUGGAGGUGGAGAAGAAGAGGAAGGAAAAAGAAGAGGAGAAAGAAGCAGAGAGGAAAAGACAGGAGGAUAAAGAUCUGACAGAAGAGAGAAUGCGGCUGGAGCUGGAGGAGGAGGGGAGACAGAGGGCACAGCAGGCCAGGUUGAGAAAGCUUAAAGACGAAGAAGAGAGACAGAAACAGGCUGAGAGAGAGAAGGAAGGACAGAGGGGUGAGCAGCCUGAGAUGGAGAUGGAGAGGAGGAGGCAAGAAGAAACAAAGAACAAGAAGAGAUAUUUAGAUCGACUUCAGAAAGCGAGGCACGAAGAGGAGAUAAGAAGAGCAGCUGAGUUAAAGCGUCAGCACGAGGAGGAGGAGGCUCGUAAGGAGGAAGAGUAUAGGAGAUUGCAGGAGAUGGAUGAGAGCGAAAGACAGGAGUACUUACGCAGAAAGUGGGAGGAAGAAGAGGAGAGGAGGAAGGCUGCAGAGGAGAGAAGGCACGCACGGGAGGAAGCAGCCAUGUGGUAUGAGGAGUUAAAUAGGCAAAGAGCAACACUGGAGCAAAACCUCCAGUUCCACAGAGGACUGUUUGUUGAGACAGAGGGUCUGAAACAGAAGCAGAGCAUCUCUCGGCCCUGGGUCUUUUCUUACUUCAGUCGGCUGAGAUUUGCACACUAACAUGUUGUAUGAGCAGUAAAAUAAAAUUCAUCAUAUUCAUAUAUUUUGCUAAAAUUUAAAAUUCAUUCAUAUUAAAUACGAAUUAUAUACUCAGAAUAUAGAAUAUAUAUUACAUACUCAGCGCUGCAUUGAUCUGUCUGUUCCAGAUCAACAGACUGUUACAGUAACAGUAAUCAGCUAUAGUUUUUUAGGAAUGUAAUAAUAUUUUUACACUUCAUGUUUUUUUUAUGUUCUUAAUCUGUUAAAAAUGUCAAUAGUCACUAGUUGAAGUGUUAAAAUAUAAAGUAAUCUGGUUAUGUAAGUUGAUAUGAUGCUUCUCUUAUCUGCUGGCUAAUUAAGUAUUAUUGUUUCAUGUGAGUGAUCAAAAAGGUCAGGAUAAUACAGUGUCCCAAUAUUUCAGAUAGUAUAGAUAUAAUAAUUGAUUUCACUGACAGUCCUGUAACAUUGAUGACAUUCCCUUAGACACUUACUUCUCAGGACCUUUUAUACCAGGACCUUUAUAAGAGAUCAGUGAUUUUCUAAUUUAACUACAAUAGUGGCAACCAACCCAUAUAUAUUUAUGUGUAUAUAUUUGGCUAUUUAAAAAAAACAAAAAAAAAAACAAAAAACAUUUUUUACAGUCACGUUUUACAGUACAUUUAAAUGUAAACUGUAAAUGUGAGCCUCAAAAUAUGUUAAUAUUAUUAUCUUUUUGCUCUGAACGAUUUUUUGCCAUUGUCCUCGUCCUCAUCUUUAAUUAUUAGCAGAGCUAGCAUAAAUAACAUGCCUCCACAAAACCAUGCUAGAGGUUAGACUGGAUACUCUAACUUUCCUUGGGUGUGAAUGUGGGUAAAUGCUGCCCUCUAGUGGACGUUUCAUUCAGCGUAAAUUCUGUUACACGCUCUGUGUUUCCCCUAAAUGAAGAGCAGUGUAUAAAGAGGUUACUGAGAGUGACUGAGUGAGUAUUCAUUUAAUAUGACUAGUUCUCCUCAGCACCAUACACUCAACAUCCACCAUCCAUCUGUGUAAACUUUACAGACUGAGGGUAAAUAAUUGCAGGAGAUCAGCUGUCUCUGAAGUACUCAAACCAGCUUAUUCGGCACAAACACACAUCAUAUCUGACAUUUGAUGUAAAUCUUAAAUUAAGCUCUUGAUCCGUAUCUGCCACAUGUUUGGAUAACUGCAUAAAUGUGCAUGUGUAUAUGUGCAAUGUUCCUAACAAAGUAGAUAGUGAGAAUAGAAUUAUUCACUCUGUUCUAUGUUUGAGAAAAGGAUUCAGAAAUCUGUACAGGAAAUAGGAAUUAAAUGGUCAUUCCAUUGUGGUUCAGUCAUA